GCUGUUCUCGCUCGUGCACAGCAGAAGCCCCGCCCACGAGGCAGUCUGGCUCCCUAGAGUGGUAGGAUACAGACUUUGGCACUGAGCUGUGUGAGAAGAGACAAGCGCAGGCGGCAGAAUCAGCAGCAGCAGUCCCUGUUAGUUGGCAGAGGGGAGUUGGGUUAUCAGGUGGAGGAACAGGGUUUCUCUAGCAAGGUGAUCACUCACAUUCUUGCCAUUCAUCUGACUGCACAGACCCCCACUGUGUCCAGUCUGAUCAUGGUGUUCCCCCGUUUGUGUCUCUGGCAGAUGAUGACGGUAGCCUUGGUUUUUGUGUGUGUAGCAGCCUGCAGUCAGGUCCUGGCAACAGCAGCCGUCGCCACUGGCAAGUCGGACAGAGGCAAUUUUCUGGAUGAUAAACAAUGGCUAACCACUGUGUCCCAGUAUGACAAGGAUGCUGCUGGCCACUGGAAUCGAUUUCGAGAUGAGGUGGAGGAUGAUUACUUUCGAACUUGGAAUCCGGGUAGACCUUUUGAUCAAGCCCUAGAUCCAACUAAAGAUCCAUGUUUAAAAGUAAAAUGCAGUCGUCAUAAAGUUUGCAUUGCUCAAGAUCAAGAGACUGCUGUGUGCAUCAGUCACAGAAGACUCACACAUAGUAUGAAGGAAGCUGGACUAAGCUAUAAAUACUGGAGAGGUGUACCACUUUCAUCCAGCUGUAAGCAAUGCCCUAUAAUAAACACAAAUCCAGUGUGUGGAUCUGAUGGACAUACAUAUUCAUCACAGUGUAAACUAGAAUAUCAAGCAUGUCUCUCGGGUAAGCAGAUUUCCGUGAAGUGUGAAGGACAUUGUCCCUGUUCAUCCAAAAGAUUGAAAACAUCGAGCAAAAUGAAUAAAAGGGUGUGCACAGACCGGGAGUUCAGAGAGAUUGCCAACCGACUGAGAGACUGGUUUAAAGCACUUCAUGAAAGUGGGUUCCAGAAUAAGAAGAGCAAGACUGUAACCAGAGCAGAAAGAAGCAGGUUUGAUACCAGCAUUCUGCCAAUUUGCAGAGAUUCCCUUGGAUGGAUGUUUAAUAGACUCGAUACAAACUAUGAUCUCCUGCUGGACCAGUCAGAGCUUGGAAGCAUUUAUAUUGACAAGAAUGAGCAAUGCACAAAGGCCUUUUUCAAUACAUGUGAUACAUAUAAAGACAGCUUAAUAUCCAAUAAUGAAUGGUGCUACUGUUUCCAGAGACAACAAGAUCCCCCUUGUCAGACAGAGUUAGGUAACGUUCAGAAACAACAAGGAGGAAAGAAGCUUUUAGGCUACUACAUACCAGUAUGUGAUGAAGAUGGGUACUACAAACCAGCUCAGUGCCAUGGAAGUAUUGGUCAGUGCUGGUGCGUUGACAGAUAUGGCAAUGAAGUUUCAGGAUCCCGAAAAAUUGGCCCUGCAGAAUGUGGAAAUGAUUCUGAAACAUCCGGAGAUUUUGGCAGUGGAGAUUUUCAUGACUGGACAGAUGAAGAGGAUGAUGAAGAUGAAAUGAUGAAUGAUGAGGAUGAAAUUGAAGACGAUGAUGAGGAUGAAGGUGAUGAUGAGGAUGAAGAUGGAUAUAUUUGACAUUAAAUAAGGCAGAUUUAUUCUAUUUUUCAUGUCAACAAAAAGACAUCACUUAGAAAAUACCUUUGCUCACUUAACCACCAAGAUGAAAAGAAUUUGAAAACAGCGUGUAUAUUUUGUAUAAUCAUAUCAAGUAUUAAAGCUGGAGUCAUAGACUUUUGUUUAACGAUCAUUUAUGUGCUUCUGAGCUUUUAUAUGCUUCUGACAGAGAGAAAACACAUCUGAAGUAUAACCUGAAGAAAACGUAACAUUUUUACUUGUAUUUUGAGGACAAGAAUAUUUUUGCAGGAUAAAAGCGAUGAAAGCAUACCAGUUAUUUGUUUGUUGUAGUCUGCUGUAGCCCCAAAUGAUAACAGCCCAUGAGCCACCAGAUCUGGGUGUCCACUCCUUACUGUGGGACUUGUGGGGUAUAUUGGGAUCCAAAUGUUUCAGCUAAUAUGCAAGAAACUUUGACAGUAUUGACAUAUUUUUGUUGCUGUUGAUAUAUAAUUCUCAACUGUAAAUCCAACACAUAUCUCCUCAGAUUAUGCAGAAAUGUGUUUAUUUUUUAAGAAGGAUGGUUUUUGGUGUGGCAGUUUAAUUCUGAGAGUUUUUAACCUGAUAUUCAGCAUUGGGCAUUUGCCUAGUGGUAUCCAACUGAACAACUAACAUUAUUAGUUAAUUUGGGCUGCAUUCUUUGUUUUUGCAUGCAUUAUAAAAUACUCUUGGUAUACCAUGAGUGUCUAAACAUCCAGCUGUUGUAGAAAUAAGAAGGCAACAGGUGUUUAAUAAAAAAAUGUUCAACAGUAUUUUGAAAGCUGCAUGUUGGACCCACCUGGCAUAUUCAUUACAUAUGGAUAACUAACUGUAUAUGCUAUACCUGGUAAGAAAUUGUUCAUAAAGGAACUCACAUUCAGUAUUAUGAUGUUACCUGAAUUUGUUUUAGAUUAUUACAUGUUUGAUUUAGUUCUUUUAAUUAGCCAUUUAACAAUAUUAACAGAAUUUCAAUCCAGUUAUACCUAUAAGUGAUAUAUUUUUAUAUAUUGUUAAACUCCUUUAGUCGCAUAAAUGGAAGAAAUAGUGAAUAGAUUUCAGAGUAAUUACUACAACUAUUAUGUUUUCAGAAUGAAAGGAAAUCCUGUUAACUCGAGUAAUAGUUCUUUAUUGCUUCUAUUUACCAAGCUCAGGAAAAGAGUGCCUUGCAGCUCCUUAAUAUGUCUCACUUGGCACAUAUCUUCUUUAGAUAUUGUUGCAGGUUAUUGGUCCUUUAAGGUUUGUUCCCACCUAUGCUCAGAAAGUAAGGCAACUGAAUCUGCAAUACUUACCCUCCCAUAAUUGUACUCCAAAGGCUAUGGACUAAACUCUCCAUAUGUUUAUUCAUUUUGCUUAGUACAGAAGGAAACCUAUGCUAGAUACUGGCUUUUGGUAUUUUUCUGAACAGGUGAUGAACAAAUGUAAGGAUUUUUCUGCACUGCUAUGCCUGAUCAUUUCUAUUACUGGUAUUUUCCUUGCUGACUAUGUCCUAUGUAUCUUUACCACAUUUAGAUGCCAAUUUCAACAGGGUAGUCCUUAAACAGAAAUCUCAGAAUAGCUGGUGAGUGGGUGAGUUUGGGGCAGAUCUUAAAACUAGGAUACUAUCAAUUCUUGACUUGUACUAAAUGGGGAUAAUAUUUGCAUCAGUGAUUUAUUACUCUGGUCCAAUUAUGUGCAUUCUUUAACUCCACAAAACUACAGAAAGCUAAACAGGAAUUGAAGAGCUUUAUUUUUGUCAAACAGCCUAGUGUAGUGCUGCAGAUAUUGUUCUAAAGGAAAACCAAGAUGAAGGGCUGGACCCCAUAUAAAAGGUAUAGGGCAGGGGCUGGCCCAUAGCCCAGGAAAUAGUUUGCUCAUCACUAACCGGAUAUCCAUGGUAUAUUCCUAAAUCCUCCAAGACAUCAGAGUGGAUUUUACUGUGAUUAAUUUGAAUUGUACCCAGAUACCUAUUUGCCUGUUGUAGUUGUUAAAAGCAUUUUUGAGGUGCGUCUUAAAUGGGAGAGGUUCCACACGCAUCAGGGAAAUUUAGCCAUGAGGCGAGGUGAGAACCUUGUAACGAAAUGUACUUUAUCUUUGGUUAAAACUGCCCCAGUAACAUUCAAAGUAGAAUUUGCACUUUUGUAACCAAUAAUUCUGCUAAUUUGUGUAGCAUAGUGCCAUACCACUAACCCUUCUGAACACAGACGUGGUAGGGGCGGAAAAAUUGGUCUGCUGCAUCAGGCAACAAAAUGCCAUUACCUACAAACCCCCCAGCAGUUGUUAAGAGAAAAUGCUCAGCGUGGAUGUGAGCUUAAUUUAACCGCAACUGCCUGCUGCCAGGUUCCCAUAGCUUACAACCAGAGUUGUAUAAUAAACUCACUGUGAUUGCAAGCAGCCAAAAUACAAACUACCAUUAUUACAAGAAUCUCACUGACAAUAAGGGUAGUUGACAUUAAGCCAAGAGGAUAAGCCCUAGUUCUCCAACAGAGAUGAAUAUUAAUGGCUAUUUUAGGUAUAUACCUAAUAUAUAUGCCAGUUUUCUAUUGAGUUAGGCAAGAAUUAUAAAGACCUAUCCUGCUUGUUACUUUUUUCAUGAAGAUGCCUAACUGAACAAAAGUUUUGAAAAUUUCAGCGGAUAUUUUGUCCUAUGAGUGGUGCUGAGCUGUCGGCUACACAUCUCUGGUAUAAACUAGGGAUGCACUGAAUCCAGGAUUUGGUUCGGGAUUCGACCAGGAUUCUGCCUUUUUCAGCAGGAUUCAGAUUCAGUCUAAUCCUUCUGCCAGCCUGAUCCAAAUCCUAAUCUGCCUAUGCAGAUUUUUUGCCACAAAACAAGGAAGUAAAAAUGUUUUACCCUUCCCCCUCCUAAUUUGCAUAUGCAAAUUAGGAUUCGGUUCGGUAUUCUGGCAGAAUCUUUCGCAAAGGAUUCAGGGUUUCGGCCAAAUCCAAAACAGUGGAUUCGAUGCAACCCUAGUAUAAACUGAUACUGUAUUGAUACCUUAUAAGUGGAAUUCAUAGGUUGGCCAACUGCAUCCUGGUGACAUUUAAAUACAGCUCCUUUCAGCAGAGUUUCAGAUUUUCCCAGCUCGAUGCAUUAAUACUAGAUGAGGUACUGCUGCGGGGAUUGAGAAAUGUGUAAUUUUAUUUUUCCUUUUACGUAGUGUGAAUUGAAUUAUGCUUAAAAUUAUUAUGUAUGUUUGCAUUUCUUCCUUAAACUCAAAAAGCUUACUUUAUUCUGUAUAAUUAUGUUGGCAUGGUAAUUCAUUAAGUAGAUAUUUCAAAACUCCACUACCUUCUUGUAUAUUGGCUUCAAGCCCACAAUAAAAUGGGAAAAGCAAGUAAAACUUUCUACAAUUGUUUCCUUAAUUUCAAUGGUGGUCCCCCCGUAAUUCAUCAGUUUUGUGUUAUUUUCUUUUAAUUUGAUUUGAAGAACAUUAUUGAAUACAUUUACUGUUUAUGUUAUGGAAAAAAUUAGAAAAAUGCAUUUUCUUUUAUACAGUUUAUGUAUAGUUUGCAAAAUAAAGACUCUUGUAACUAA